AUGGAAGCUUGUCACCCUCGACGGCAAUCCAAUGUCACUGCAUACGGGGCCACAACUGUGGCCAUCAUCACCCUGGAGGCAUUUGCUGGCAUGUGGAUCAAUGCUUUCAUCGUUUGUGUGCUUUGCAUUGCCUGUGUCAAAAAGAAAACCCUGAACUCUAAUGAGAAGAUCUUGCUGCUGCUGGGAUGCUCCAGGUUUUGGUAUUUGUGCAUUGCCUGGAUAUAUAAAUUUCUUUCCUUUAUUUAUCCCAAUUACCUUUAUGUGCAAACCAUACUUCAACUAGCUGUAUUUUUUCAAGCCUUUUUUAAUCAUUGCAACUUGUGGUUUUCAGCCUCUCUUUGUGGUUUUUAUUGUAUAAAAAUUGCCACUUUCAGGAACAGGUUCUUCAUCUACCUGAAAUUAAAAAUUGACAGGAUGGUGCCCUGGCUCUUGUUGGGAUCAGGGAUUUUAGCUUUGGCUGUCGGCAUUGUUGCCUAUGAUGUCGCUGAUACACCGCACUGCAACAGCAAUUCCACAGGACAAGGAAACUUUGGGACAGCAAAUAUCAAAAUGGAUAAACAUUUUUUCCCUUCUUUUUUUCUCGCUGGCUUUGAAUAUGCUGCUUCAUUCCUGGCAGUCAUCUUUUCUGCUGUUUUCCUUCUCUUUUCUCUCUGGAGACACAAGCGCACGAUGCAGACCAACUCCAUGAAGGACCUCAGCAUGGAUGCCCACAUCAGAGCCAUGAAAUCUAUUUUCUCCUUCUUAGUGGUGUACAGCAUCAACUUUGUGUGUUUGGUUUUAAAUAUGGUUUAUGUCACAAAGAAGUUAAAUCAUAUGACAUUUCUCAUUUUAGUAUUUCAGUACAUUUUUCCGGGUCUUCACUCCCUUGUUCUGGUUUUCAGCAACCCCAAAUUAGAAAAGGCACUGCUAAAGAUUCUUCCCUUAGAAAGAAGUGUAAAACGCAAGGUUUGCAUGAGUUAG